CGGGUGAUGAGUGACUGGUGAGGUCAAGGGUCGCAGAGCCGGUCAACGGUCGCGAAGUCACCGGUGGGACUCGGGCGAGGGAAGGACAACAACCACCAUGUGGAGAUUUUAGCGAGGACUUGAAUUGACGUGGAUUAAACGUGGUGCCUGCACUUAAUGAAAGCAGAGGAACCCGCGCCGUCUGCUGCCUAAUGCCAGCUGAAGCGUGAUGCAGCCCAGAACAAGCUUUGCCCCCCAGAGACAGCAGGCAGAUUCGGGCCCCCGGGGCACCCUGAGCACCGGCCCACUCGUUCAGGGAGCCAGGCCUUCUUCCUUCUGCUUCCUGCUCCCCAGGGUCCACGCAGCUGACGUGGCCGCUGCCCAGCAUGCACAGAUGCCCUCUUCCUCCUCCUCCACCAGUCGUGCUCCUGCACCCAUCGUCUCUCCCAGCGUCCUGCCGAGCAACCUGGGCAAGCCAGAAUUCCCAGACGCAGGAUGGGACCGCAUCAAGGACCUCUUUGAAAAAAAUGCGACACAGAACUAUCCCGAGGAGCUGACCAAUGUGCUGAAGAGUGGUUUAGUGGCUGCACUAGCAGGUUUCAUCUACGGUGGGCUGCCGGGUUCUCGCCAGGCCAGGGAGAGGUAUAUUCAAAUCAGCCAGGCAGAAAUCUAUACGAGUCGCGUGAAUGCAGUGCGCUCAGCACAUAACGCAGCCAUUCGUGGUUUUGUGAGAUACGGAUGGAGGUGGAGCUGGAGAGUGGCUGCUUUUGUCACCUUGUUCAAUUCCGUCAGCACAGGUCUGUCUGUGUACAGAGACACCUACACCCUCAGCCAUUACUCUGCAGCUGGAGCUGUCACUGCAGCCCUUUUUAGAGUGAACUUGGGCCUGAGAGGAGUGGUGGCAGGCACCGUUAUCGGAGCAGUACUGGGGAUUCCUGUGGGCGCUCUGGUCAUCGGCUUGCAGUCACUGGCAGGAGAAACCAUUCGAGAGAGGAGGAGGAGAGAGCGCAGGGAGCUGUACGAACUCCGACUCGCGGAGUGGGCGGCCCGCCUGCAGCUGACAGACGAGUUGAUUGGCGAUCUGAACGUCAGCUCUCAGACCGAAGUAGUCAAUAAGGACAUGCAGAGAAUCCAGGAACUGCUCAGUUUGCCACAGAAUGAACGCGUGGAUCAGGACUCGAGCAGGGUCCAGUAGCUGCCUCACUGGCUGACGUUGAAGGUGGGACCUCACACAUCUUGAAGGAUAGAUGGGCCACUUCUAUGCCUGGACCUAGCUGCACACCCCCUGUUGGAAUGAGGAGAAACAGAAUCACAUCACUGUGUAAAGGCACAAAAACACUGACUGUAGUGAGCUCACCAGUAGAAGCUGUUUGUACUGGACAGCUACUGGAUGAGAGAAAGAUCAAAUGAGGCUUCUCCAUGAAAACUACACCUUUGUUGUACAAAUUGUUAAUAUCUGGUUAAUAAAUGACUCCAUCAGGGAUCAUUUGUAUUAUUUCAUGGCUGCGUCCUCAAACGCAGAAUAAAAACAUGUCUGUAACAGAA